AUGGACCGUCGAUAUUUAUAUGCUUUCAUAUUUCUGGCUGUCUGUGGGAAUUUUCGACGAAAAUUAUCAGUGGCUGGCGAUAGCUUUGCAUCAAUAGCACAACUCGAGAAAAUUGUGAACUUAGAAAUUCAGCUGGGUGAAAGUUUGGAAAGAUUUCUCGAACAGGAGAAUAAACGAUUGCAAGAGAUCAAACAAUUCGCGAAACGCGUAAAGGAAGCCACAGAACUAGUUAAGAAAGAUGGAAUGAAAGUUCUCGAAAAUCCGACUGCAACAUAUGCUGUUAUAAAGCGCUUUGCAAACGGAUGGACAGAAUUGGCAGGAUUUUUAAGCAAGGAUUACUCUCAGAGUAAGUAAAUAACUAACAAUUAAUUUAGUCAGGUUGAUUGACCCAAUUUGAUUAGAUCAAUCGUUGUGCUAAAUUGCUUUUGAAUAAAUCGAUAUCAGCAAUACUAAACAAUUAAUUUAAACUAGAGCCUGAUACAGUGUCUGCUAUCAAAUUGGUCGUUUGAAUUUAGCUGUCCGGCUGAUCCGCGCGUUUUCCACCCUUUUCACGCAUGGUCAAAUAAUAUGAUUCCACAGUCCUGAGCUCUGUUUCCUAGCGCGUGCUGUCAUCCAGACUAAAUUUAAAUUUAAUUUCUUUAAAAUAAGCUCCUAAAGAAAAUAGUAUUCGAUUUCCUUCGAACCACCUGAAGUAAUCUUACUACUUGGGUAGCCUGUGCCAGGCUCUCAGAUAGUAGGGACGCUGGACGUUAACUGUUGCGCCGCAACUAGCACCGUCUUCAAAUCGAAAAACGAUUUCUGUGACGGAGCGAAGCUGCGGCGCGUCGACCUCUAAAGUGGAUUCAGACACAUAUGCAUACUUGACAUACAUACUUUAUUGUUUCCUCCCCAAAGGGGCUUUUCAGGAACAAUCAUUAUUUACAAGCAUUACCAUUAUUUAACUAAUUACAACACUUAACUUAGAACUAAUUGCAAUUCUUAACUAAUUACUAAUUACAAUACUCAGUUAAACUUAACUAGGAAGCAUUUACAAAGUUAUCUAAAAGCUGGUUCCUUGAGAGACGUUUAAAAAUGUGAACAGAUUGGAUUAAUUUAAGAAAAGGUUCUAAAUUGUUCUAAAGCUUAGUAGUCCUGAAAUAAAAAGUUCUCUUUCUGGAGGCUGUUCUGAAAAGAGGAACAUUGGAUAGGUAUUCUUACUAUACCGGAUAUAGCUUUUUGUGUCGGCAUGAAAUGAUAUCCCCUAAAUAGUGUGAACAUGACAUUAGAAUCACGUUUACGAUGAUUAUUUGGCAAUUCAAAUUUCAACCGUCAACUUUAUUCAUUCAUUCACACAUACAAUUACAACAUUCACGACGGCUUCCACCAGCGUAUAGAAGAGCCGAAUCAAGGCUGGGGAAGAGACACAAAUUUAAAGAAAGUAAAGGAAAAAAAGAAAUAUUUUACAAACAGUAACAGCUGUCGUAAAGUAAGAAUUAUAGUAUGAAUUAAGCUAUCUAAAUUACAAUGUGAAUUACAAAGAGAAUGUAGGUUAAGUCGUUCUCCUGAGCUAGUUAAAUUUAAGUUGAUGCAUGAUUUCAGUGAUUUCAAGAUAGCCAUUAGAUUUAGAUAAAAUUUCAAAGAGCUUACUCCUUAAGCAAUCUUCAAUUUGAAUCACGUACGUUUUCUCUUUACUUGUACUUUGCUCGAACAGAUUUGCAAGAUUUACUGAGGACAAACGAGUGGCAGUUCCCUAAUUACAACGAGGACCUUGUGGGAGCCAUGGCGGCAUUGUAUCGUCUUCAAGAUACAUACAAUAUAUCAAGUGUUGAUAUGAUAAACAAUAAUAUGCCAGGUAAGCAAAAUAAAAAUUAGGUAGCUAUAAAGCUCGAGUUAUUGUGCAGCCCCGUCACUUCUCUUUCUUGAUCGUGUUCCCACUUUCUCAACAAGCUCGUGCGAAAAACGCUAGCUACGCUGACUACCAGCUGGUCAAACUGCCGAGGAAGUUCACGGUAUUCGCGCGGCACUGAAUAUGGGCCCAAAGGACGGUUUGAAUUAUGACGUCAUACGUUGAAGAAAAUAGAUGAUUUUGGGUACCGCUCGCUGAUUAACGUAGACAUAGUUCCGUGUGUCGCUUCUUUCCUUCCGGACGGAGAGAAGUGCACGUGACAACAGGUACGUGAAGUGGCUAAAGCAAAAUAAUGCUUCAGGAGAAUAAAAAAUGAUUUCGUACCGCAAUGAAUUGGUGGAUAAAAAAGAGCAUUUACAUGUAGGUAUAAAACCAUGCCAAGUCCUGGAGCGUACUCCCUAAAAUAGCCUGUGAACAGGCUCUCUGUUUGGGGAAAAAAAAUCGACCAAAGGCCUGUUCACAGGCUAUCCCUAAAAUGGCCCAUACAGAGAGGCUCCACCCGAAAGGGGUACCACUUUCAGGCUUCAGGUAUAUGACAGGGUAGGGAUUCACUGGUUGAAGUAUGUGAAAGGGCCUGAUGUAAAAUGGCCCAAAAAGGCUAACAGAUGCAUCUUAUGGCUGUCAAAAAGUCAAGUAAACGUUCUGGUUUUGUGAUUUAUUCGUAUUUUUUUGAAGUGCGGUUUUGUACCACGUGAAUAGCUGACUGCAAAGGCCAUUAUAUUUGGACCCUCUCUAAGAGAUUUCUGUGUUUCACUUUUAGGAUGUGGCCCUGCGCCAGAGCUUUUAGCAGAGGACUGUUUUGAACUAGGGGUGCUGGCUUAUCAAGCAGGGAGAUACGGACAGGGCCUGGACUGGCUUAGGAUGGCAGAUAAAUUGACCCGUCACGGGAGACAUGAGGGAGCAAUAAAUCACACAGAAGUCUUGGAACACUUAGCAUGGGUGGAAUUUAUCGUAAGACAAUUCAAAUCACUCAGUGACCUAAAUGGCAGAUUAAGGGGGAGGUGACUGGGUUGACGAUCGAUUAGAUAGCAAGGUACCCUUUUUCUGAACAGUUAGACUGCUUGCAGUCCGCCUUUUCCCUUAAAAUCCGUCUAGUUCUUACCUCAUUCAGCGCGAUCCCAAAACCACGACGUUUACGCCCUCGUUUCUCGCGGUUCCUGGCUUCGUCGCUCGCGUGUUUAGGUUUCGCGUGCAGUAACUUUGCAAAGAAAAAGAAGAGACUGCUCGCAGUCUACUGAACAGUAAAAAGUAUAGCGUCGUAUUUUCACGCGGAUUUUUCCUGAGGGUAGGGGGCGGCUGUACUGAGGAUACAAAAAGUUACAGUGAAUAAUAAUGUCAGAAAAAAAAGCUGGACAGUUAUUACAUAAAGGAUAGGAUGGUGGGCCACUAUCGUCUCUUGAACAACACCUCGAGUUUCUGGAAGGGCAGAUCAGUCAAGGAGCCAUCAUAGUCUCUUCUGUAGUCGGUCAAUCCGAGGUCACACUGAUGCUUCCAGGCCGUGCGUGAUGACCCAAGCGACUACUAAGGGGACUAGGGCGGGGUAGCCUGCGAAAACAUCCGUUUCUCCUCGCUCUUCGCCGAUGGGGACGUUUCGCGCGGAUGAAGACGAAGAGCGAGGAGAAACGGAUGUUUUCGCAGGCUAAGGGCGGGGUCGAACCAUACAGUUCGAGUUCGGGUCUUAGAUUUAAUUUCUUGUUCGACUCCAAAUGAAACUCGGGCUCAGACUCAACGUGCUGUUAUCAACUAAAAGUUUAUCCCCGACAUUGCAAGCUAAUGUAGUGAAAUCUUUAACUUUAAAGAGCUAAGGCUCGUUUCUUUUCCUUAUUUCAUUAGAAAGGGAAUCCGGAGCGUUCUCUAAAUCUUACGUUGGAAAUAUUAAAAAAAGGUAAGAUUUCUUUUCUCAGUAUUUCAUUGAAAACUGAAGUCUUUCGUCACUUUUUUAAGAGCUGGAAAGGAAUCAUACAUUAUAAUGUAUUUCAGAACCUCAACCUACAUCAGUACCAUACUUGAUUUCGAUUUCUGUUUGCUUAUGAAACGAAGUUAAGGCGAACCAUAUACAUCUCGGAGGGACAAGCAGGAUACCGUAGAUGGGGACGCUUACAUUUAUUUAAGCACGGGGGAGAGGGUUAUUUUAUUUAGCGAAAUGGGGCGCUAUACUGCUUUUCAAACAACCAGAAGAUGGUCAAUUCGCCGUAAAGAACUAACACAUAAAGUGAAAGAGCCCAACUACAUGAAGUCAGGAGGUCAUGAGGCCGAAGAUUAAAAACAAAUCUGAUCUUCCAGCACGUGAAUAAACGAUACCGGAUCAGUCUACAUGAAGCAAGUGCUGCAGUCGUAGAUAGCUAAUUACCACAAUCUAUCAUUUAUUAAUAUUGAUUGUGAAGAGCUAUAAUAAGAGGGAAGGGGCCUUAAUACAUUUUCUCCUAAAAAUAGGCCUUGCAGAGAAUUACAGUAAGCCUUAAUAGAAACGCUCAAAUGCAUAGAUCACCCUCGCCUUACCCUCUCGCCGACCGCACUACAUAUCUUUCUGGUCCCCUUUUUAGUUUCUUUUUAACCGUAAAAUCAGUUAAAAGAGGAGCGCAAGACAAAAUCUAAACGCAAGGCUGCGUGUGCGUUAACGGCCUAGCCCUCCCCAGCUCUCGACUUGUCGAUUCCACCUAUCCAUCUUUGCAUACGUCUGGCGACAGUAACACACUUUCUAAAAUCUACAACGAACUUUACCUUAGAUAAUUUAUUGGUAACAAUGUUUCAAUUGUAGUUCCUCAUAGCAGACAGGCCAAAGAAAAUGUCAUGCACUACAAGCGAGUCGUUGAACAUGGAAGCACUGAAACUUAUGAGCAAACAAAGGCUAAGGAGGAGGCAAUCAACACAGCUGCAUUCACACAGGGCGAGUAUGCAACACUAUGCAGGGGAAAUACAAGUCAGGUAAUGGCUUUUACUUUUGUCUGCCGCAGGCAACCCAAAUUUAUGUUUCGAAGAACACAUUCCUAACAACAAAUUCAUUGCAUUUUCGUUAUGUAUAAUUUUUCAGAAAUUCCAACAUUUAUGAACAUCUUAGUCUUUUGUGUCAGUUCGACCUCAAAAUUGGCUUACUAGCUAACCUUAUCAUACUCUUCCUAUCUCUAGUAUAUUUCAAGUUGAAUUCCAUACUUUUGUAAUGCGUGAAUUCAUCGCUUGAAAAACUCAUAAAGGAUUAAAGUGAUACUUAUUCUGAGACAAGGAAUGUUUAGAUAGCAAAAUCUCCCAAAAUUGGUAAUGUCUUUAACCCACAUAAUAGCCUUUCCGUCCGCCAGCUAAAUGCCGCGUCACGUAAAAGCCUAGAAAUUCAAACGUCCUCUGUCGCAAAACGAAGAACCCUUUGGAACCAAAACUUUGUUUAAACAAAGGUGUUUAGGUGCUGUAAUACCUCGUGAAACUCAGAAACUCAGAAGAAUCGGUAGUUUCUUAGUUUGAAUUUUGGUGACGUCAUGUGAAAACCGAGAAUGAGAAAGUCUAAAUUAUCGUCACUUUAAUGAUUUCUUUUUCUUACUCAGAGUACCCCUCAAGGUAACCUCAUUUGCUGGUACGAAAACAAAAAGGACCCUCUGCUCAUGCUCAGACCUGUUAAAAUAGAAAUGGUAUGGCGAAAACCCCGGAUCUUUAUAUUUAGAGACCUCCUGAGCCCUGUGGAAGCAAAACAAAUAAAAGACAUAGCCACGCCCAAGGUGAGUUGCCAUUAAGUGGAUCGGAGUGACCCAUACCCCGUUAAAUUUUGCCUUGAAUAUCUCGUAUUCCAUAUAUCCCUAUAAUCCAAUGACAGUUGGAUUAUAGGGAUAUAUGGUGUUUUGAAAAUGUAAAUGCUCAAAAAACAAGCAGAGCAAACAUUGUUUUUUUUAUCUGCCUCUCCUUCCUUUCUCCUCGCCAAUACUUUCCUCUCCUUUUCAAAUUCUCUUCUUUAGACAGUGUGAUUUUCGGGCUAAUCGGACGCAAGAAACUUGCGUUUCGGCCUGGCUGCAAUUUCCGAGGGAUCGGGAGAAAGUGUUUCACAGAUCUAGAGAGGUCUAUGCUUGUAUUAACCCAAUGCGUUUCACGUUCUCCAGCAUGGCGUUUUUGUACGCGUGACUGACAAGUUGCAAAGGGCCCAUGUUAUUAAUUAUAACCAGGAGCUCAUUUUAUGACCCAAAGAAAGCGGACGUCUGUUAUAACUGAAAUAAUAACGUUGCUUAUGUGUUUAGGAGGAGGAGGCGUGGUCGAAAGGUUAGUUAGCGCUGGACUUGUACAUGUAAUACCGCUAGCUACGGUAGUUCCGGGAUCAAAUCUUCGGCCACGCCUGUGCGGCCAACUGGUCUGCCUCCGGCCAGUUGGGAUUCUUAACCAUGUUAUGUUCCAUUUAAAUUAUUAUUAUCAUUAGAGCAUUAGUAUUAGUGUUUACCGGCUUUAUAUUACUAUUGAUACUUGCGCAGAGAGAAAGAGAGGCGUGAAAAUAUAAAGCCUGUUUUAGUGUAAACUGCGAAUUGCUCUGAUGACUACAAACCGGCACUGUUUUGGCGUUUUUAUACUCGGUUUAGCCACCUUUAUUACCAACUUAGCUGUUUUACACAAUGUAACUACAAAUUUUAUUGUUGUCUUUAACUAUGCCUCGUUUUCUUUUGGCCUUGGUAGCUGCAAAGAGCAACAGUAUUUAACAAGGAGACUGGUGAACUUGAAAACGCUGAUUAUCGAGUAAGCAAAAGGUACGUAAACAGUUACGCGUCAGAACGUUAACUUGUAGGUCUGGACAAAAUCCUUUAACAACAGUGAGCAAUUCAAAUAAAACCUCUUUGACAGCACUUUCACUUUUUACUUUCAGUUUCUCAUUAUUUUGCGACACGAUAUUAUAUAUAUAUAUAUAUAUUUUUUUUAAUGCUUUUGCAACUAUAUUACGAGUUUGGCCUUAUUAAUAGUUAGUCUGAGUACAGAGGCCGAAAUGAAUGAACGAAAAAAAUGUUAGACUGAACUAGUCAUCAAAAUACACGGCGUCAUGCAAUACAAGACCGUCCGAGAAUGAGAGAGGAUGAAAGAAAGAUGAAUGAACAAAUGAAUUGAUUGACUUGAAUCAGCUUCAAUCGAUAAUCAAUCAAUCAAAAAGUAAAGGAAGGAAGGAAGGAGGGAUAAGAUGAAGGAAUUAAUGAACGAGCGAACGAAGAAACGAUGAGUAGGGAAAAGAGAGCAAAAAUUUUAAAAAGAGAGCAAUAAAUAGGAAGUAAUAUACUGAAGGAGUUUUAUAUAAUGCAGUGCUUGGCUGGAAAGCGAAGAUAGUGAAGUCGUCGCAAGACUGAACAGACGUAUUGGAGCCGUAACAGGGCUGGAAAUGAGUACCGCAGAGCCUUUGCAGGUACUCUAAAUAUGACAAAUCCCCAUCUCCGUUUUUUGUUUUCAGUCGUUCUGUUUUCUGAUCCUUAGGAAAGUCCAUAAGAAAAAAUUAAAAAUGAGAAAAACGGGAAGUAACACAGUAUUUUACCGUACACAUUCAUCUAGCAUGUCUGGGACAACAAUAUAAUCUUAUACAUUAAGCAAUGAUCAUAUAGUUUUUUUGCGCCCCUCAGUCUCUAUCAAACACACGUAAACCAAAACAAACUGUGACAUGUACGAGGUUUAAUUUUCUGCUCCAAUUAGCCGCAAAUUUUACCGAUCAAGUCGCAAAAUUUUACAUUUCAGGACGUCUAUUUUGAUCGAUCAAAGCUUAACAUGACUAUAAGCGAGACCUAAACUAUAAGCCGAAUAUAUCUUUCGCUCAACUGUUUAUUUAAUGACGAGUACUAUACUGUAUUAUUGCAUUUAUACCAGAUUGCAAACUAUGGCAUGGCUGGACAAUAUGAAUAUCACAUGGAUUUUGGAGUAAGUAGCAUCCUUCAUCAGUCAUUAAGCCAGAAUUCAGCCCAAUUACCGUCUUGGUAUAAAAGUCAUCAAAUAGGUCGCUCGAAUUUACUGCCGACCACGGCACCCCUGUGAAACUGGGUACGAAUGCCUUUCUCCAGUAGCCCAUGCACAUAACAGACGUUUAUUUUUUUCAUGCUCUUCGCUCUCUUCGCGUUUGCCUUCGCUCUCCUGAAAAAAGCCCGGCAAGCUCGCUUUCUGUAGAAUAGUUUCUUAGGGUAAUCAGGCCUGCAAUACUACUUUUUGGGCUCCUACUUUUGAUUACACAUACUGCCCCGAUUGGAAGUGCGCAAAAAGGUGUUGUACAUUUUUUUAAGGUUGUUUUUGCAAGUUGGAACAAUUAAGAAGGUCAUGCAACUUGCAAAUGAACGGCACUGAUCAAAAACUCUCCUUGGACUAUAGGGUGCGUGCCAGUCUGACCCAUCGCACUGAUCCAAGGGUCAGUAGUUUGUUCCGUAUCAUGUACCAGGCUUAUCACUUUUUAUUAUGAUUAUUUUCAGGACCCUGGUUCGCCCUUGGACUUAUCUCCGAACGGAAACCGCGUUGCCACAGUUCUUAUUUAUGUAUGUAGAUUCAGAAUGAGUUAUUUUGCCUUGACUCUUUAUUGCCUUCUGGGCGUUAAUGAUCAUUGAUCAUGAUCAACACAAGAAUGAAUAAAUAAACUUUCAUUAAAACAGCGGGGAGAAUGAUUUUGCUCGAGAACGAUCAUCGCAGAUAUGUACGCAACUUAACUGGCAGUCGCGAAAACAAAUUAAAGCCUCGGCUUUCACAAAGUGAAAUAUCUUUGUAAAUAGCGCUGUACCGAUAUUGCAGAGGUCAUGGGUUCGAAUCCUGUUCGAAUCCUCUUUUCUGUUUUUCUUAACUGCUUGCAAUAAGAUGAUCUUUUCAAGUGAAACUUGAAUUACGAUGACUAAACUUUAUUUCUAUUACCUUAACAGCUGAAUGACGUCAGCGCGGGAGGUUACACAGUAUUUACAAAGGCAAAAACGUAUGUCGCUCCUACUAAGGUAUGAAUUCGAAAAGUAUAAAAUGCCAUUUUUAGUUAGUAUUGAUUAUUUUCGAAUCCCCCAUAAUACACUCUGUCUGCCCCCCAAAUUUUGCAUGUUAUUGUCUUCAAAUGCUCUAGGAAAAAUGCAGUACUCCCACUCCUACGCAUGCGUUCUUAGGGGUUCGUCACGCGUUCCUGCCGCACUAACCUUAGUGGAGUAGGAACGCGUGACGAACCCCUAAGAACGUCUGCGUGGGAGGCUAUACUCCCAGGAGCAUAUGAAAACAGGGGUUUAUGCAAAACUUGGGGGAGGGGGGCAAACAGAGUGAUAACCAUAUGGAGUAGUACUGGUAACAGCCAACUAUAGAAAAGUUUGCAACAUUUUUGAAGUCUUUAGACGAGCAUACUCUUCUUCUCAUACGCACCGAAUUUUUUACUUAUCAAAUGAAUCCAUACUAACUUCCCAUCAUCAGAGUCUUAUCUUAGCCCGCCUGUCCCGUCACCGCUCAUUUUGUAAGAAGUUUCAUCCGUCUUAGUUAUCAAAUUCAUCACUACACCCUAUCGAGAGGGGAUCUGUUGGCCCCACACCCUCUCUAGCUAUUUAGGUGUCGAUAGAGGCCUUUUUUCAAUAGACUGUCACGCGCGCUCGUGUUUCGCUCGCUCUACUAUCCGUUAGGGAAAAUGAGGGACUGCUCGUAGACUAUUUUUCAAAAAACUAACAGUGUUAGAUCCACUUCCUAAUAAAUCUUUAAUGUGAUUUUCAGGGGGACGCAGUAUUCUGGUACAACUUAAAACGAUCAGGAGACGGAGACUACGAUACAGAGCAUGCAGCAUGUCCAGUCCUGUGCGGUAAUAAAUGGGGUGAGUGUUCAAACAUUGAUCAGUUUAAUUUUAAUACACACUCUCUUCUUUGCACGAUGAAACACUCAAAAUUACGACUACUCUAGUCCGUCUUAUUUGAGUGAAGCAGUCUAAGUAGAUCACUAUUCCACCGAACCCGCCACCGUAGGCACCAGUUUAUCUGUGACUUCCUUUGGUCCCCAUCUUGCCCACCCGCCGUUACAUCUGCAACCAAGGCCAAACUGUACGAGAAUCAUUCCUUUUUAUGUACUCGUUCAUUUUAUCAGUCACCACACAAUUGUUCAUUUUAUUCAUUUAUAUUAAUACUCUUAUUUUGUUGUCUUUUAGUUGCAAAUAAGUGGUUACACAUCCGUGGCCAGGAAUUUCGACGAAAAUGCAGUCUUGAUCGUGAAGCAUAA